AAUCCAAUCCAAUUCCAAUCCAAUUCCAAUUCCAAUCCAAUUCCAAUUCCAAUUCCAAAUUCCCCUCAACAUGAACCAGCAGCUCACAGACCCCGACGAGGACGCCCUCCACGACCUGCUGCGCAACGCCGAAGACUCCGGCGCCGACUACUACGCUGUGCUCAACGUGCCGCGCACGGCGUCGGCCGCAGCCAUCAACGACGCGUACAAGCGGCUGAGCCGCGUGUUCCACCCCGACCGCCACACGGCGGCCGAGCAGCGGCAGUGGGCGCAGCGGCACUUCCACGGCAUCCAGCGCGCGCACGAGGUUCUGUCGGACGACGCGACGCGCGCGGCGUACGACGCGCUGGGCGAGGCCGGCGUGCCGAUCGCGCGCGCCGUCGGCCACAAGGUGCAGUCGGCGCGCGACCUGCACGCGCACUUUGAGCGCGAGGCGCGGCGGCGGCGCACCGAGGACAUCGAGCAGUGGGUGCAGUCGAAGUCCGAAGCCGCGCCCGUCGUGCGCUUCACGCGCGGCCGCGCCGCCGUCGAGUCGCUGGCCGUGUCGCACUCGUUCACCUCGACGCUGUCCGAGUCGACCGCGCUGGUCGUCGCCGCCAACAUGUUUGCGCGCCAGGGCCGCGGCUCGGGCAACGUCGUCGCCACGCUGCGCCGCGCGCUGGGCACCGCGUCCCCAUCGGCGGCGGCAGCCGGCGGCGGCUCGUGGGUGUCCGUCAGCGCGCCGGCGCUGCCGCCGUACGCCGCCACGGUCGACGCCGUCCACCAGCUGCCGCACGGCGCCUUUGCCACCACGCGCGUCGCGCUGCGCCCGCGCAGCGCGCCCGCCGCCACUGUGACGCUGGGCCGCGCGCUGACGCCCACGACCGUCGGCGCGCUGACCGUGCGCACCGGCAGCCAGUACGCGGCGCCGCUCCCAGGCCGCGAGCCCAGCGGCGUGGCGCUGUCGCUGCAGGGCUCGCGCGGCGCGCGCACCGACUACGCCGUCGAGGUCGCGGCCGCGCGCGCCCAGUCGCACGCCAGCGUCCGCUGCACGCGCCGCGUCGACGCGCACUUUGCGCUGACGGCCGGCGUCACGGCCGUCACGACGCCGCGCGGGCUGGCCGACGUGUCGGCGUCGGUCGGGCUGCGCGCCGACGCCAGCGCGUGGACGCGCGUCGGCUGGCGCGUCGACUUUGGGCUGGCGGCCGGCGUGACGGCGACGCUGUCGGUGCGGCGGCUGGGCCACCGGCUGCGGCUGCCGCUGCUGCUGACGCCUGCGCUGGACAUGGCCGUGGUGCUGGCCGCCGCCGCCGCGCCCAUCGUUGCCGCGCUCGCGCUGCACUUGGCCGUGCUGGCGCCGCGCCGCCGCCGCCUGGUGCGGCAGCAGAUCGCCGACCUGCGCGACGAGCAGCGCGCGCAGCUGCACCGCCAGCGCCGCCACGCCGAGGAGGCCGCGCGGCUGAUGGCGCCGCACGCCGAGCGGGCGCGCGCACAGGCCCGCGCGGCCGGCGGCCUGGUCAUCGAGCGCGCGCUGUACGGCGACCUGCCCUUUGCGCUGCCGGCCGAGAACUGCAACGCCGCCGCCGCUGCGGUCGACGGGGCUGCGCAGUCGGCUGCUGCGCUGCUGUACGCUGACGAGCCGCGCGCCUGCGACGUCACGCUGCCGCUGGCUGCGCUGGUGGCCGGCGACCAGCUGGUCGUGGCGGGCGGCGCCAGCAAGCGCUUCCUGCCGGGCUUCUACGACCCGGCCUUUGGUGCGCCCAAGGCGCUGUUUGUGCGCUACCUGUUCCGCGGCGCCGUGCACGAGGCCGUUGUGCGCGACGACGAGGCCCUGGCCAUCCCGAUGCAGGCGCAUGCACUGGAGGGCUGAGCCUGAAAGAGACCAAGAUCUAAAAUUCACUUUUCCCCUUCUCUUUGUACAAUUUGACCCCUUUUCAAUUCGAUUC